GUUGACUUGCAUGCUUCAACAUGGUUAAAUUAAGAACUCGUCCUAAAACACAAACGCAAACUAAAACUAAAGAAAGUCGUCCUAAAACACGGACGCAGACUAAAACUAAAGAGAAAGUUGCUGUAGUGGACAAACGUAAGAGGAAGAAUGACAGGGAAAGAAUGACCAUUGUAAACCACCACACAGAGGAGGAAAGUCGGGAUAGCCUGCAGUCUGAGGACUCCGGAAAGGCUGAUCUUUGUUUUCCCUCUAAGUUCGUCACAGAUGAGCUUGUCCACAUCUUCAUGGACACAGAGAGUGAGGAGGAGUUUGAGGGGUUCCCAUCCACAGACAAGACGCCACAGAGGGGGAGAAAGAGGGCCAAGUCGGUAGAAUCGGAGGUGGAGGACAGCGAUGUGGACACAGGCUUCGACUCGGACGGGGAACGUCCUGCGCCACCACCACGGCGGCGGAGCUCCGGGCUCUGUGUGGCUUUCCGCUUCCCCAUCAAGAAGAGCUCGACCCCCAGCUCCAGCUCACCACCCACGAAGAAGGCGAAGACGCAGGCCGCCGCGGCCAAGCCUGAGCCCAAGAGCAACAAGCGUGCCCCAGCGAAGAAGACCAGGGAAGACAACGAACCCAAGAACAACAAACGUGCCCCAGCGAAGAAGACCAGGGAAGACAACGAACCCAAGAACAACAAACGUGCCCCAGCGAAGAAGACCAGGGAAGACGAGGACGUGGUCACACGGGGACAGACACGGACGAGGAGAAAGACCCAGUCACCCAGGAAGCCUGUUGUCACAUUGGCUGACGCACUCCGCACAGGGCAAGAGCCCAUACCUGUAGCAAUCGCGGCCAAGCGGGGCAGAGGAGGUGUGAAAAAACAGGUGAAAGAGGAGGAUGGAGAGGAGGAAAACAGAGAGCCAGAAAGGGAGGAUGGAGAGGAGGAGGAGGAGCAGGAUGAGCUUUCUACUCAAGCGCUGAAUAAAAGGGCCAAGAACAUCCAAGAGAACAAAGCCAUGCUUGCCAAACUCUUUGCUGACUUGGAGACUGUUGAACAGAUUUCUCCAGUGCCCACCCCUAAAAAGAAGAAGAGUCCUAAGAAGCGUGCGUCGGCGGUGGUGCCGGAUAGCGAGAGGCGUAACCCGUCCCGUAAGGCUCGUCCCCGAGAGCACUUUGGCGUGGAGGAGAAGCUCCCUCCUCUGGAGCGCGAGUUCUCAGUCAAGAAGGUAGACCUGCAGAAACUGCUGGAGGUGGCUUCUAAGUCUCGUGGUAAGAGGUCCACUGAUCAGAAGCGCUCCAAAAAGAACAACUCCUUCCUGCCUGUGGAGGAUGUCACUCAGGACGACCUGGACAAUGUGGCCGACCGCCCUUGCGACAAAAUCCUCGACAAAGAGAACGGCAGCACAUGCCACCAGUGCCGGCAGAAGACCCUGGACACCAAGACGGCGUGCCGCAGCGACCGCUGUGCAGGGGUCAAGGGGCAGUUCUGUGGACCCUGUCUCAGGAAUCGCUACGGAGAAGACGUCCGCCAAGCACUCCUGGAUCCCGAGUGGGAGUGUCCUAUCUGCCGAGGCCUGUGUAACUGCAGCAUCUGCCGCAAGAGAGAGGGCCGCUGUGCCACUGGCAACCUCACCCACAUGGCCAAGCACUUUGGACACGGCAACGUCAAGCAAUACCUGGAGAGCCUUCAAAAGCAGCUGUAAUGGAAAUCUCUCUUGGCCUGCAGGGGGCGCCCUUUCCCCAGGACACAACUACAGGACAAGCAGUUUCGCCCCUAGAAAUGUAUACAAUACAUUAUGUCUUCGUGUUCAUCCAUAGAGAUGUAUAAUAUCUGAAUGUCUUCACCAAUUUCACACGACUAGAGAAGAGGCAUAUUCAUACUUGGACAUGCAUAAAAUCUGCAUGUCUGCGCACACCAUGCCAUGACUAGAAGAGUGGCGCAUUCACCACUUUGCCACACAAAUCCAAUCCACAGUACCGUACAGAUUUUAGCCAUUUUAACAGUUAAGCUGUUUUUUUAAAGCCCUAUUGAGAACACUGUUGGUUUGUGCUGUCCCAGAAAGUUUUUAACUUUUAGAUACUGUAAUCUAAUGAGGUUGCAUUUUAACCAUUGUAAGAACUUUGGACAAAGAGCAUAAUUGCUUACCUAGGUUGGUUAUGGAAAUUUUCAAGAAGUUUGCAAAGAACAAAUGGCACUAUAUGAACAUAGUAUAUAUUUUUUGUUUGUCUUCUGUGUUUUUUGUUUAUCCCCGAUGUGUAAAGUCUUGUAUGGAAGAUUAUUCUGUACCAGAGGGUUUUUUGUACCAAUAAAAGUAGAGUAAAAUA